GUCCUCUUUCUCUUACUUCUUCCGGGUCUCUGUCCGUCGGCAAAAGGUUUCCGGUGCGUCAUCAGUUCGGUUUCCGGUUCGACAUCGCUUGGAUUUUCCGGUUGAAGCUCUCUACACGCAGACAUGCCUCUUGCAAAGGAUCUGUUACACCCGAGUCAGGAGGAAGAGAAGAGGACACACAAGAAAAAACGCCUUGUUCAAAGUCCAAAUUCAUAUUUUAUGGAUGUCAAAUGUCCAGGCUGCUACAAGAUCACCACAGUGUUCAGCCACGCUCAGACGGUGGUGCUGUGUGUCGGCUGCUCCACGGUCCUCUGUCAGCCCACAGGGGGGAAAGCUCGCCUCACAGAAGGAUGUUCUUUCAGGAGGAAACAGCACUAGUUUGACCAGACGUGGAUGAACGGAGGUUGGGGUCAUGAGGAAUAACACUGCCGAGGAGCUGAUGCCUUUACGAAGAGAGGAGGGCGGAAAUACCAAUCAUGUAAUAGAACAUGUCUCUAUAUAGAAGAUGCACAGAUUUGAGACGCCGCAUAUACAAUUGUUCACCCCUCUUAUUAAACCCCUCCUUGUUUUUGUGGUAAAAUGUCUUGCUUCGAUAUCUUUGCAUCUAAGGAGUCCUGUAAGUCAGGACCCUUAAAGUGUGCGGAUACAGUGUUUCAGGACUCUUGAGUGAUUUGCCUCACGCGACCAUGAUGAAGGGCAAAUCGUAACAGAAAGUUCGGGGUGUACACUGAGCUGCGGCUGGGUUCUGCCAGUUUCUCACCACUUAAGACGUGUGUACAUUUCCUUUUAAAGCACUAGAUUUGACUCCUGAAAUGUUGACAGUUUGUGAAAUUGCAAAGUACAACCAAAAAAUGGGCCCUAGCUACAGUUUUUCUUUUGUAGCUGGAUAUGGUGCUGGUUAUAAAGCAAUCCAAUACCUUUUAUAUUCUAAGUCAAUGCUAAAGUUAAAGCAUAUUAUUUAAAAAGGUACACAAUGAUGUCACUAGUGCCUGCUCAGAGGCCGGUUGUGGUUUUGAUUCAGGGAAAGUCUUUGCUGGUUCUGCUUCUGAUGGUUGUUAAACUCAGACAAAGACAAAUGUUAUGAAUGAUUAUUUUUCAUUUUGGGUCUUUAUCAGAGUUCUAGAUCAAAUAAAUGAAUAUAGCAGGAGGAGUUAUCUCUUGGUAAUGGGGACAUUUUUCUUACGUCCUGCUUGUACACUGCUUACAAAUAAAAUUCUAUGGAUAUGAUU